AUGGGCGAACACGUCAAUGUCAGUCGAGGUCCCGGCGACGACCCCGUGGUCGUUUGUGGCAUGGCAAUGAGACUACCCGGAGGCGUCAGCAACGCGGAUGACUUUUGGGACAUGUUGAUGCAGAAGCGCUGCGCAUCCGUACCGGUGCCAAAAGACCGGUUCGACAUUGGUGGGUAUUAUAGCGAGAAGCCACGCCCGGGGACUAUGCAAACCAAGAAGGCAUACUUCCUGGAUCACGUUCAACUCGACCGGUUCGAUGCCUCGCAUUUUUCCUAUGGUCGAAGUGAGCUAGAACAGAUGGAUCCUUUGCACAGAUUGCUGCUGGAGGUUAGUUGGGAGUGUCUUGAAAAUGCUGGCGAGACAGACUGGCAAGGCGAAACGAUUGGCUGCUAUGUGGGCUCGUUCUUUGAGGACUGGAGUGUCGAGAUGCAACGGGACCCUCAAUACUACAGCAACUACCCAACUGGAAAAUGGGACAUCAUGCUUUCAAAUAGAAUCUCGCAUGCAUUUGAUUUCCGGGGCCCAAGGUACGUCAAGCUAGAAACCCGGGAUGUUCCUAUUUACUACAGAAACAUCGCCUCCCCAGAUGGCGUCUGCAAGACCUUCGACGCCGCCAGCGAUGGAAUUGGACGGGGUGAAGCCAUCAAUGCCGUUUACAUCAAGCGACUGUCGCAGGCCCUUCGAGAUGGAAAUCCCGUCCGGGCCGUGAUCCGUUCAAUUGCUACUCAGCAUGACGGCAGAGAGCCCGGCCUGAUAAUCCCUAAUGGGUAUGCACAAGAGGCGCUUAUUCGGCAUACGUAUGACAAGGCCGGAAUCACGAAGUACUCUGAGACGUCCUUCUUCGAAUGCCACGGCACGGGCACGCGGAUUGGGGAUCUUACUGAAGUUGGAGCCAUAGAAAGGAUCUUCAGAGAAGAAGGCGUCAUUAUCGGUGCUGUGAAGCCCAACGUCGGACAUUCAGAGGGUGCCGCUGCCCUAACGAGUGUCAUCAAGGUGAUACUUAUGCUUGAGAAGGGCGUCAUUGCGCCCAACACCAACUUCAACACACCCAAUCCCAAUCGCUAUCUUAGAACAUCCCCACCUGUGGUUCGAAGCUGA